AGAGGCAUCAACAGAUGUUUGCCGCGAAGACUUUGGCGAGAAAGUUCAGUCUAAAACGAAAUUCUGAGGCAAAAUGUUUGAUUUGACGGACAAGAAAGUGCUCGUUUUGGGCGGCGCUGGAGCCAUUGGCAAGGAAAUUUGCAUUCAAUUGAUUCAACAAGGGUUGAAAAAAUUAGCAGUAAUUGACGUCAUUUGCGAAUCUACAGCAAAGAAAACUUUUAUUGACGAAAAUUUCAACAGUGUUUCCUUCGCCUAUAAACAAUGUUCAGUAACGGACAAGAAACGCCUUGCCGAAGUCAUGAACUACUUAAAGCUCUGGAUGGAUGGCUUGGAUAUCGUCAUCAAUUCCGUUGGCAUUUUGGAUGAACAGAGAUCCGAACAAACAAUUGAUAUCAACUAUGGUGGCGUCGUUAACUCAACAUUUGCGGCGAUCGAUUUGAUGCGCAAAGACAAAAAUGGCGGGAAUGGCGGCGUUGUGAUCAAUAUCGCGUCGAUCACAUCUUUUGGCGCGCAUUUUUGGCUUCCUGUUUACGCGGGAACAAAACAUGCCGUUUUAGGGUUCACGCGUUCUUUGAAGAAUGACAAGUUCCUCGAACUGACAGGAGUUAAAUUUAUGGUUAUUUGUCCCGGCGUGACGCGUACUCCAUUGGCGACGAGAGAAGCGUUCGUGGAUAAACAUUGCUUUCCCGAGAUGAAAGAGGAAGUUGAACGAAUUCUUAAUACUUAUCCGGUUCAAGAUGUCGAUUGCGUUGGAAAAUGUGUCCUUAAAGCAUUAGAUGACGGCGAAAAUGGAUCAACAUGGCAAUGUGAGAAUAAUCGCAUCGAAAAAAACAAAAAUGAGUUGGAAACUCUCAUGACAAAUUUAAAAUCUGAGAUGGGAGGUCUCGAUAUCGUCAUUAACGCUGUUGGAGUCUUAAAGGAACAAAAUCCGAAAUUAAUGAUCGAGAUCAAUUACGGCGGUGUUGUCAACUCUACCCUCACUGCGAUCAAACUAAUGCGCAAAGAUCAUUCAGGAAACGGAGGUUUUAUCAUCAAUAUCGCAUCCGUAGCUGGCUUACACGGAACUUUUCUCCUUCCAAUCUACUCCGGGACCAAACAUGCCGUGCUUGGAUUCACUCAAAGUUUGUGCAAUGAAGCUUUUUACGCGAAAACUGGCUUGAAAUUCAUCACAAUUUGCCCCGGAUUGACAGAAACUCCAAUGACAAACCCAGAUUCGCUCUUUGGAGAUCAUCUAUUUCCAGAAAUGUUGGAUGAAGUGCAGAAUAUUUUGAGUCCGUAUCCAUCGCAGGGACCUGAUGCCGUUGGAAAAGGCAUUUUAGCGGCAUUAGAUGACGGCGAAAAUGGCGCUGUGUGGCAAAUUGAGAAUAAUCGCAGUGAAAAAGUUGAGCUGAAACAAUUUCCGAUUUUAAAAUGA